AUGGCAAACAUUAAGGGCCAUGCUCUCCCCGGGAGUUUCUUUUUGAUCAGUAGAGUGUGGUGGUCAGUGAAGUUCCCACUGAAGCACUUUCACCAAAAGGGCAAGAACAGGCUGAGCCAGCAGCCACAGCGGGUUGCAAUCAUUGAAGCUGCAGACAGGAUUUUCUGUUGUGUCACUGGGUCCCUGGCAGAGCAGCUUGUUAGGGAUGGGCCCUUCUUCCAUCUCUACCAAGAUGACCACUGGGUGAAGAUGAUGAAUUGGCAGCACUCCACUAUGUACCUCUUCUUCGGAAUCUCAGGAAUCAUUGACAUGCUCACCUACCUUUUCACCCACAUCGUGCCCUUGCGGGUGGACAGACUGGUGAUUCUGAUGGCUGCCGUUUGGUUUGUGGUAGGCUUUCUCUUCUACUACCAUGUUCACAAUCGACCCCUGCUGGAUCAGCACAUCUACUCACUCCUGGAGUUUAUUGCAUUUGGAGGAAGUAUCACUACCUUCCUUGAAGUGCUUUGUUGAGACAAUAUUGUGCUGGAACUUAAUUUUUUUGUCUCCAGUCUUGCUGUUCUUCAGGGAUACUGGUUCUGGCAGAUGAUUGUUCAUACCAAAUGCCCCGCACAGGACCUGGAUUAG